GGGAGGGGAAGGAAGGGAAGGAAGAGGAAGCGUUGCUACAACUGAGAGCUGCCCUCCCUUUCGCGCAGCCGUGGCGUCCUUGACAGCCGAGCAAAGCAAACGUCAAAGUUUGUUUAAUAAUCGCCUGGGUAUAAAUAUGCACCAGUGGUCUAGGCAGCAUCAGCUGGGGCACCGAGGGGCCGCGGAUGCAGGCUGCUGAGGGCCUCCGAACACCUCCCUUCCCCUAUCCCCUCCCCUGGCCCUUCCCAUCCCUAGGCUGCAGGGGCUGAAGACCCCGGGGUAAAGAAUGGAAACAUCUAUGUUCUAAGGCGUCCCCCUUCCCCUGGGAGACAACAUUCUUCCUGCCCUCUGCCCUCCUCCCCUAAAACUGACAUCACCAUACACCUGUAAAAACCUAGGAUCAGCCAUGGCGGACAGCCUAAGAAGAUUAGUUACCAACGAAAGCUGUCGGAUAUUGUUGGAGAAAUUGGAGAACUGGUACAAGGAUUACCAUAUAAACACAUGUGAUCAAAACUUAAAUUGCUGCUGUGAAAUGCUUGAACUGAAUUCCAAAAUACAAGGGCAACUCUUCACAAUCCUGAACCUAAUAGCGCAAGAAGGUGGACAUUACGCUGGAGUGGAAAUAAUAAAAUCUCGAUUUCUGCCCUGGCUGGGAACUUGUUUCUCCAAUUCUUCCAUAGCAAAAUGCCCUGAAGGCAACUUGAUCCUUUUUCAGGAGUCAUGUGACAAGGAUAAACAGCUACGAGAACUUUCUGGUACUCGGGAACGGGAGAUACAUCAGUUAGAUUCAGAACUGAAUUCAACUCGUGUACAGCUCAGCGUCGUUCAACAAGAACUCAAGACUCUUCAAACCCAGGAGGAGGCCCGUAAACGUAGCUUCGAUAUGCUAACUGACUAUGAACGCCAACUUCGGAAUCUGAAGGAGGAGAUUGCUGUCCUAUCUGCAGAAAAAUCUGUCCUCCAGAACAGCAAACGCUCCAGGAGCCCGUCUCCUAGCCGCACCAGCUAUUACAGCAGGCCGGGCAGCCCGGGGAAGAAAGAGAAGCCCACAUUAGAGACUUCUAUAGCAAUUCCAUCCAACAAGAUGACAAACAAUGCCACUCGCAAAGCCUGUCUCUUGGACCGCUUUAGUGAUGCAUAUGCUUAUGCCCGCCUGGAAGCUCAGAACUUGCUCAAGCAAUACAUUGAUCACUUGGAAACAGUGCAGAGGAUCAUCUAUAUUGCCACAGUGGAGUCUUUCCAUGUAGCCAAGCUGGCAUUCAUACACUUCAAAGUACAUGUGAAGAAAUGUUUAACACCCAGUCAUGGAGGCCCAGAAUCUCUCGAGACUGCUGUCAUGGAUUACACAGCUGGCCAUCUUGAUUUAUAUGAUGUUCAACACAGUGUUAAUGAUGUGAUUUGUGCCAUGAAUAUGAACCCCAAGAUUUCUUUUCCACCUCAAGUUGACUAUAAGCUCAUCAACUGCUUCAUCAAGGAGAUGUGUUAUAUUGCAUUUGCAAUGCAGACUUUGGAGCCUCCCCUAGAUAUUGCAUUUGGUGCUGAUGGAGAGGUUUUUAAUGAUAACAAGUAUCGCCGCAGCUGUGACUCUGAUUUCACGGCUCCCUUGGUCUUCUAUCACGUGUGGCCUGCUCUGGUGGAGAAUGACACUGUCAUUAUGAAGGGAGAAGUUGUCACCACGAGAGCGGCUUUUGUACGGAGUCAUUAUGGAAUGGAAACUCAUCAAAACUGUUUUCCUCACAGAUUCCUGACGUGGUUACCUGCGAAAACCACCACUCGUAGUAGAAGCAAGAGUUUAAGCCCUCAUCGUCACCAAAGCAGUACGGCUAAAAGUGAGGCACCAAGAAGCCGAAGCCCUUCUCCAAUAAGGAAGACACAUUUAAGUGGAGAGCAUACGGCUCGGAAGGACAAAACGAUUGUUGUGAAAAAGUCAAUAUUGGUAUUAAGUAGCAAGCCAUAUUCUCGAAAACCCCACCGACGAGCGUUUGUAGUAUUUAUCCAAAAUACCUCUUUUCUGAACUGAAGAACAGUCUCCUAAGAGAUCUUGGACAUAGGCAGGAAGUGAAAGACAAGACUUGCUCUGAUAACCUUGCAGCAUCCAGGCACCAAAAGGAACCAGCUGAAGACAUUUAGCUUUAUCACAGUGGAAAGGUACCUUUCCAGAGUGGAACUCCACUCAUACCACUCCAAUCUCUAAGAAACUCAUCUCUCCCAUGUGCUUUGGGGAAAAUAAAUUUCAAUCUGGCAAACACA